GCGGCCGCAGUGAGGGGCCCCCCGCCCGCCCGGCCCCGCAGUGUUAUUGUGAGGGGGAGACAAUGAGCAAACUCUCCUUCCGAGCCCGGGCGCUAGACGCCGCCAAACCGCUGCCUGUCUACCGCGGCAAGGACAUGCCCGAUCUCAACGACUGCGUCUCUAUCAACCGGGCCGUGCCGCAGAUGCCCACGGGCAUGGAGAAGGAGGAGGAAUCGGAACACCAUUUACAACGAGCUAUUUCGGCACAGCAAGUCUUUAGAGAAAAGAAAGAGAGCAUGGUUAUCCCAGUUCCUGAGGCAGAGAGCAAUGUCAACUAUUACAAUCGCCUGUACAAAGGAGAGUUUAAACAGCCAAAGCAGUUCAUUCACAUUCAACCCUUUAAUCUGGACAAUGAGCAACCAGAUUAUGAUAUGGACUCUGAAGAUGAGACGUUAUUAAACAGACUCAAUCGGAAGAUGGAAAUCAAGCCGCUACAGUUUGAAAUUAUGAUUGACAGGCUUGAAAAAGCCAGUUCUAAUCAGCUUGUAACACUUCAGGAAGCUAAAUUGCUGCUAAAUGAGGAUGAUUACCUUAUUAAAGCUGUCUAUGACUACUGGGUGAGAAAACGUAAGAACUGCAGGGGGCCAUCCCUUAUCCCUCAAAUCAAACAAGAAAAAAGGGACGGCUCCACCAACAAUGACCCUUAUGUUGCCUUUCGGAGGAGAACUGAGAAAAUGCAGACUCGGAAGAAUCGAAAGAAUGAUGAAGCCUCUUAUGAGAAGAUGUUGAAAUUAAGAAGAGAGUUUAGCAGAGCCAUAACAAUUUUGGAGAUGAUUAAGAGAAGAGAGAAAACAAAACGGGAGUUGUUGCAUUUAACAUUAGAAGUUGUGGAAAAAAGGUACCAUUUGGGUGAUUAUGGAGGUGAAAUCCUUAAUGAAGUCAAGCUUAAUAGACCUGACAAAGAGAUGAGCACCACUCCAGCAACUCUUCAUAAUGGAAACCACCACAAAGUUCAAGAAUGUAAAGUUAAGAUGACUGGUCAUUGUUUGCCAUUAUUCUUCCCAAGAGCAAGUUCCUUCCUCAGCAUAAGUUGA